AUUCUAGAAUGUCCUGUGCCGAAAACAAACAAACAAACAAACAAACAAAUAAAUUGAUAAAUAAAUGUACAGAGUUCAGGGCACCUAAUAUAGAGCUGAAACUAAAUAUGUAUUUUUUUUCAAUUAAAAUUUUAAUUGUUCUUCCAUUUUCAAAAUAAUAAUAAAAAACGUUUCAAGUCCUUAAUAAAAGUAAAACUGACCGAUGGAAAUAUAGUCAGUUUGUGAAAGAUUUGCCUACAGCGUGCGAGAUAGUGAUAAUUCACACUCUGAUCAGUAGAUGGCAGUCGCGGUGCCUGCAGCGUGGUGUUCUUGUACGAAGAGGUAGACGCAGUUAAACAGCGGUACCCUAAGUGUAAUAAGCUAUCGUGGCUAAAUAGAAAAGGUGGACUUCACUAAGACGGACAUAUUGUACAGGAGGUAGAAUAUGCCUCGCUAUGCGCAGUUAGUUAUGGGCCCAGCUGGAAGCGGCAAGAGUACCUACUGCUCCACUAUGGUUCAACAUGCAGAGUCCUUAAACCGCUCUGUUCAGGUGGUCAACCUGGACCCGGCUGCUGAGUAUUUUAAUUACCCUGUAAUGGCAGACAUCCGUGAACUCAUCCAGGUGGAUGAUGUGAUGGAGGAUGACACUCUGAGAUUCGGCCCAAACGGAGGCCUGGUCUUCUGUAUGGAGUACUUUGCCAACAACUUUGACUGGCUGGAGGAAAGCCUGGGUCAUGUAGAAGAUGACUACAUAUUGUUUGAUUGCCCAGGUCAGAUUGAACUUUACACACACCUCCCUGUGAUGAGGCAGCUGGUGGAGCAGCUCCAGCAGUGGGAGUUUCGGGUUUGCGGGGUCUUUUUGGUAGACUCACAGUUUAUGGUCGAGUCUUUUAAGUUCAUCUCUGGAGUUAUGGCUGCCUUGAGUGCCAUGGUGAUAUUAGAAAUUCCUCAAGUAAACAUCAUGACAAAAAUGGACCUGCUUAGUCCAAAAGCCAAGAAGGAAAUUGAAAAGUACUUGGACCCAGAUAUGUACUCCAUGAUGGAAGAUAACUCUGAGUCUUUCAGAAGCAAAAAGUUCAAGAAGCUUAAUAAAGCAAUUUGUGGUUUGAUAGAUGACUACAGCAUGGUAAGAUUCCUGCCUUUUGACCGCACAGAUGAGGAGGGCAUUAAUAUAGUUCUGCAGAACAUUGACUUCUCCAUACAAUAUGGAGAGGACCUGGAGGUUAAGGAGCCUAAGGAGCUUGAUGAAGAGCAGCCCAACCUAAAUUAUGAUGACAUAUUUCAAGACAAAGUCAUCAGCUGAGGAUUAAUAGGACCAUGGAGUAGGAAGCUGUUAUGUGCACAUAGACAGUGGAUGAAGUUCAACUUGAAUGAUGGAUAUCAUUGCAUGAAUAUUUGUAGAAAAGCAGACUGUGGACUUGCAUAAACUUAUUUUUCUUUUUUUAAAUAACUUAUACCAUUUAAAAAAGAAACUGAUUUAUGUUCUGUUAUUUUAGAGCUGUGUACACGUGCAAGACUUUGCUAUUUAAUAGAUUUAUUAAUGAAAUAUAUUUUUAAAAUAAAACAUUGCAUAAAAUGGA